UGGGCAACAAGAGCAAAACUCCUUCUGCAAACAAACAAACAGCUGCCUUGGUUCCUUUGGGUCCCCUGCUAUCCCAGGUCAGGGUAGGCUGGGUAAGGAGGGAAUGUGGUCCAGAUUUGUGCCAGAGAAGAAAGGCUUUAAACUACUCGGGGUUGGGGGGGGUGGUGUUCCACUGGGCCUUUCCAGAAAUCUUUCUGAGUCAAUAUUUCUUUCUUGACUUUUCUUCUCCCAUCCACCAACUGGCCAUAUCAAAUCCAACUCCUCCCAUCCCUAAAAAGCUGAAUGGGAAGCUGCUGUCAGUCAGUCCUGACCCCAGGGAUACGUGAGGCGCCAUCUUGCACUGAGGGAAGAUCAACCUCAGAUGGAAUUCAGCUUCUCGAAAGCUUUGUGACUGGGAAAGAAGCAGGCAGGCUUCGAAAGGUUUGCAGAAGGAGCCCAGAGUGCCCCUAGGGCUGGGUCACUGAGACCCUGGGACGUGACAGUAAGAGGCUGCAGGGCAAUGGGACAAACUCUUACUUCCUGAGGUCCUGAACCUUCCGAAGGCCUAGAAAACCCAUAAUGGAGGAUCGCUGAAGUCAGCUCCUGCCUUUAAAUCCAACUGCCCUUUUUACAUUUUAUUUUUAUUUUUUAUCUUCAGCUUUUAAGUUCAAGGGUACAUGUGCCGAUGUGCAGGUUUGUUCCAUAGGCAAACAUGCGCCGUGGUGGUUUGCUGUGCAGAUCAUCCCAUCAGCUAGCUGUUAAGGCCAGCAUUCAUUAGCUAUUAUUCCUCAGGCUCUCCCUUUCACCCCCCAACCCAACACAGGCCCCAGUGUGUGUCGUUCCCCUCCAUGUGUCCAUGUGUUCUCAUUGUUCAGCUCCCACUUACAAGUGAGAACAUGCGGUGUUUGGUUUUCUGUCAAACUGCCCUUUUAAUGCAGUGAGUGAGCCUGGUGCCUGUCCUAAACCCUCCACACCCCACUUCCGGCUCUCCAAAUCAGUUGACCAGCCAACCCCUGUACUCUGGGCCUACAGAUGGAUUUGAUUGGAAGUGAUCUUAGGACGGGCCGUCUUUUCACUCUCCUUGCCUCUGCGCUUCCAGCCAUCUCAAAUGGAUGCAACUAAAUGGUUUGGAAAACCCCUCCAACAUAAAACUUCUAGGAUUCUAGGACUCUAGGACUCUGCUAUAGAGCCAACUAUAAAGAUCUUCAGAGAAACACAUACCCCUGGCUCCAUAUCACCUGUCAGCACUUUUUAAAGCAGCAGCAUUUCACUUUGUUUUCCCCUCCACGCCGACCAGUGUGGUCUGCAGCAUAGAGUGAGCUUCUAGUGACACGAGCUGGAGGGAAAGAGGAAGUGCAUCAUGACAGCUCGUCCGAUGGACAAGGAACAUGUGAGCAGAGGAAACCUGUGCCGUUUCCGUGGGCAUAGCCUAGAAAGUGUCAAGACCCCAGACUCAUCUCUAUUCUCAAUGUGGUGCUGGAGCAGAAGCAAUGCUUUGAUGGUUGUUGCACAGCCCAGAGUGUCGUAAGCACAGGGAGAGUGAUUUCUCUUACUCCCAGAAGGGCUGAACUGAUGGAAGGAAUGCUGAUAGCCUGAGACUCAGGAAGACAACUUCUGCAGGGUCACUCCCUGGCUUCUGGAGGAGAGAGAAGGAGGGCAGCGCUCCAGUGGCACAGAAGUGAGACACAAUGGAAUCAGGCUUCACCUCCAAGGACACUUAUUUAAGCCAUUUUAACCCUCGGGAUUACCUAGAAAAAUAUUACAAGUUUGGGUCUAGGCACUCUGCAGAAAGCCAGAUUCUUAAGCACCUUCUGGAAAAUCUUUUCAAGAUAUUCUGCCUAGACGGUGUGAAGGGAGACCUGCUGAUUGACAUCGGCUCUGGCCCCACUAUCUAUCAGCUCCUCUCUGCUUGUGAAUCCUUUAAGGAGAUCAUCGUCACUGACUACUCAGACCAGAACCUGCAGGAGCUGGAGAAGUGGCUGAGGAAAGAGCCAGAGGCCUUUGACUGGUCCCCAGUGGUGACCUAUGUGUGCGAUCUUGAAGGGAACAGAGUCAAGGGUCCAGAGAAGGAGGAGAAGUUGAGGCAGGCAGUCAAGCAGGUGCUGAAGUGUGAUGUGACUCAGAGCCAGCCGCUGGGGUCCAUCCCCUUACCCCCAGCUGACUGCGUGCUCAGCACACUGUGUCUGGAUGCUGCCUGCCCAGACCUCCCCACCUACCACAGGGCGCUCAGGAACCUCGGCAGCCUACUGAAGCCAGGGGGCUUCCUGGUCAUCAUGGAUGCGCUGAAGAGCAGCUACUACAUGAUUGGUGAGCAGAAGUUCUCCAGCCUCCCCCUGGGCCGGGAGGCAGUAGAGGCUGCUGUGAAAGAGGCUGGCUACACAAUCGAAUGGUUUGAGGUGAUCUCGCAAAGUUAUUCUUCCACCAUGGCCAACAACGAAGGACUUUUCUCCCUGGUGGGGAGGAAGCUGAGCGGACCCCUGUGAUGCCUGUGACCUUAAUUAAAGCAAUUCCUUUGACCUGUCCA